AUGGCCUCUCUGGAGAUGGACCCGAUAUCCCUCGUCGUGUGGCAAGGACAGAAUCUCAUUGUGCGAAAGUGUGCUCCAUCGGCAGUAUUUGCCGAUGCCAUGAAUGUGCUCCCCAUUGCAGCAGACGAGGUGAGCAUUUUCGACUACGGCAACAUGAUCAACAUCACGGACGUUAUGGCGAUUCUCUGGAACGAACGGCCGUAUCGGUGGAAGAUCGUCGUCCGGGUGUUCAGGACUCAGUUGCAAAAUGUGCUUGUAGGUCAAACGGAGCCGAUGAGGCGUGUCUUUUAUGACAUAUUUGCUAUCGUGCAAGACAGCCAACGGCCUUUGAGCGCUGUGGCGCCUGAAAUGGGUCAUUGUGCUGGUCGAACACAUGCUGUGUUAGGUCCCGCGGAUCAACCACGCGACCCCACCCAGUUAUUGGCUACCGGAUGA